AUACUUUGGUGAGGUGAAAACCAGACUCUGUGAUUGGUAGAAUAACGAAGAGUGUGGUAGUUAGCUGAAAAGAGGGGUAGUUACUUGCAACCAUCAAGUGAGAGAAUGAUCACAUGAGUUCAGACACAGUCAGGGUAGCUUGUGAGGUGUAUCGUGUGUAUUGUGUCCAAUUCCAAAUUUCACCUCAAACUUAAAGUACCUGAAUUAUUUUAACCAUUUUCUAUCCAUAAGUGUUUACUUUUUAAUUUGGUUAUUUUUCAAACUGCUUGAACUUAUAAGCAAUUAAAGUGUUCUCUCAAGAUUUAUUUUGUUUAUUCGUCUUGAAUAUUAUUAUUUCAUUCAAGCUCUGAUUUACCGGCAAGUUAAUUCAUUCCAUUGCGACUGAUGUAAUUUGAAAUUGCUCCAGCUGAGAGCAUCAGUUAUUGGAACUUCCCUGUUACAAAUCAUUUUCUUGUGUAACUACAAAAACUAUUAUAAUGAGUGAAAUAAAUACAUAUGAUCAUAUAGAUCAUUUCUCUGGACUAGGCCAUCCAUAUCAAUUAUCUCCUGAACUUAAUAUAAAAGCAUCUCUAUUUGGAGACUAUAAUACUCGCGAGAGUCUAAGUCAUUCACCACAGGGAAGCAUUGGAUCUGAAUGCUGGAGUCCAAGUCCACCAGGAACUGCAUCGCCAAGUAGGAGUUCUCCCUCUUAUGGAACAUCUCCAUAUGACUUUGGUGUCGAUUUCUUACUUGAUAAUAUUCGUCAAGCUGUAAAUGGGCUUCCAUGUGAUCGCCAGUCAACUUCUGCUAAUGACACACAAAAUCAUCAAGAUCGUGAUUAUACAGAUUUGAAUAGUGAAAUUUGCCCGAAAAUUCAGGAUACGAACUCUGAUAACAAAGUUGAUGAAGUUCCAUUAGUUACAAGUUCAGCACUAGUUCUAUCCAGUUUUCAGAUGGUACAAUAUUCAAAUCCAUCAACCCCGACUCAAUGGGAAUCUCAUUAUUGUGGUACUUAUGGAAAUACUCCUGUACUCUAUUGUUAUUCUUGUAACCAAACACUCUGUAGAAUUUGUAAGGUAUAUCAUGAUUCCGGUCAUAUGACAAUGGAUUUAUUUGAUGCAUCUAGACUUGCAGAUAUGCAGAUUAAUCAGAUUUUGAGUGAUAUAAAAUUUCAUGUAGCAAAACAACAAGAAAAUUUAUACUCAGUUCAGAAAGCCGCACAAAACCUUGAAUACAACGCAGCUAAAGCUAAAAAAGAUGUUUCAUUAUGCAUUGAGCAAGCAAGACUUGCUCUGCAAAAACGUGAGGAAGAACUUUAUGCGCAAAUUGACAAUGUGAAAAAUAAGAAAUUUAAGUUUUUACAAUUUCAAGAUUACAAUUUUAGAAAUACUAUAAAUCAACUAUUGGCGGUUGCUAAAGAAAUAAAUAACGCCAAGAAUCUAUCUAAUGUUGUUGGAAAUCCUGUAGGCCUUUUCCGUACAAGAGCAAAAGCUUCUUCUCAGAUAUCGAAGAUUGAAAGCAAUUGUUUUCUUAGUACAUCAGUCAAAAACAAUAGGAUAUCAUUUUCUGCAGCAACAGAUAAUGUUUUGAGUGCAAUUGGCAACUUUGGUAGAAUUAAAUUGAAUUCUUUCGGAUUCAUAGGUGAUGGUAGACCUUUAAAAGGCCGUGGAAAUUUACUUCAUCCUUUCAAACCGCCUGCACCCGGGAGACCGUUACCGUCCGUUAAUGGUCCAGUUAUCGUAGAUAUUCAGGAUUAUUUAUCAUUCCCUGAGACAAGUCUUGUAAUUAGAAACAGUGAUGCAGAACCUGAUCUCUUGCCUCGACCUUGGGGUGUUGCUUGUGACAAAGAUGGAAAUAUUAUUGUUACUGAUAGGACACAUCAUUGUAUUAAAAUAUUCAAUCAAAAUGGUAUGCUUGUGAGAAAAAUUGGAGUACAAGGAGGAGGUCCAGGGCAAUUUUUUAGACCAGCAGGAGUUGCUAUCGAUGAAUGGCGACGUAUCGUCGUAGUUGACAAAGACAAUCAUCGGGUUCAAAUUUUUACAAUGGAAGGUAAAUUUAUAUUAGCAUUCGGUAAAUUCGGUAUGAAAGAUGGUGAGUUUGAUUAUCCAUGGGAUGUUGCAACAAAUACAGACUGCGAAAUAGUGGUAUCAGAUACACGGAAUCAUCGAAUUCAAUUAUUUAGUCCAGAUGGCGUAUUUCUACGUAAAUUUUCGUGUGAAAACGAAAAUCCGUCUAAAAUAUUAGACUCACCACGUGGUGUUGCUUUUAAUCCGCAAGGUGAUAUUGUUAUAACGGAUUUCAAUCUUCACCACAUAGUGGUCGUAAAAUCUAAUAUGAUCGAUUACAAAAUAAUUAAUAGUGAUUAUACUAAGCCGCCGAAAAAAUUUUAUAGAUUACAAAGAAUUGUCAUUGAUGACGAAGGAAAUAUGAUAGUUUCUGAUUCACGUAAUAAUAGAAUACAAGUGCUAGAUUCUGAAGGUAAUCUUAAAUACAAAUUCGGAACUCUUGGAGUAGGACCUUAUCAGAUGAAUCGUCCAGCUGGUAUUGCGUUAACUCCAGAAGGUCGAAUUGUAAUUGUUGAUUUUGGUAAUAAUCGAAUAAUGGUAUAUUAAAAAGCAGUUCAGAAAAUCUUAUCAUAAGCUUUGAGUUUAAAAAAGAAAGAUUCGAUUUGAACUAUAAAACUGAUUAUAUUUUCUUAUUGGUACUUUACCUAUACGCGUAAAACGCAGAAAUUGCUCAUUGGUUUGUUUCUGAUAAACAUGUUUUUUCAUCUUGACUUAUUCAUUAGAUUAUUAAAGAAGUCAUAAACUUUCUUAUAAUAUUCAACUACGCUAUAAGCAGUUUAAAAAAAAAAAAAAGAGAAGAAAAGAAUAUUUUCAGCUGUCAUAGUUUUGUCUAAGUUUUUUGUUUUUCAUUUCAAUUAGUGAAAAAUUCAAUACUCGUUAUUUUUCAAAAUAAUUUUUGAUGCUGACGUUUUUGAAUAAAAAUAUUUACGUGGAGUUCAAAUAAAGUUAUAAAUAACAGAGAACAGAAAGAAAAAAGAUGAAAAAAAAAUCAAACAAAUCAUUUGGGAACAAAACAAAAAUUAUUUAACAAGAUAGAAAGUAGUGACAAUAUCGCCUUUUAUGUUUUUGACAUAUUAUAAAAUAUGUUUUAACCUAUUUUUAUUUCAUCAUUGGUACGCGCAAAACUAAUUAGAUUUUAUUGUAAAAUCAUCGCUUGUACUUAUACAGUAAGACUGAUGCAAGACUGAAUUGAAAUGAUGAUAUAAGUCAUGUUUUUGUUGCAAUUCUAACAAAUUAGUUAUGACUUGAAAAAAAAACAAGCAAAAUUUUUAAUAGGGAAUUUUGUAGUUUUUUUAAAUAGCGCGUGGUAGGUUAAUUUUUUUUUAUUCUUAUAAGUAAAGUAACUAUUACUUUAAAAUAACUAAUCUCAAUUAAUCUUUUCAAAAUCGUCUUCUUUAUACAUAUAGUAUUGUGUGAUCAAAUUUGAAUGAUGAUUUUUUUUUUUUUUAAAAUAAUACUCAUUGUACAAUUAGUUAAUUUUUCAGAGUUUUUCAAUGAGUUGCUAAUUUUAAGUAGCGCGAAUUUUACUUAAUACAUCGACAUAUUUUUAAUUUUAUAAUUUUUAUUUAAUUGAUACGACUGAUUAUUGUUUGCAUGAUAUUAAUCAUUUAGUUAACAAAACUAUGAGAUCAUUUAAACAAUAUGACUUCUUAGAAUUUCGUAAAAUCCACACAAAUAUUGCAAAACAUGAAAGAAUAAGCGUAAGUUGAAUAAUUGAAAAGUGAGAUUAGAAAUGCAAUUAAUUUAAAUAUUAUUAAUAUAGUAGCUAAUAAUACUAGUAUAGUUGAUAUCUUUCGUUUUAAGGCUUUCAUAUGGAAUUUGAAAAAAUGUAAUAAAAUGAAAAGUAAACAAACUUUGUACGUUAUUUGUGAAUUUUCACAACUCAGUGUUUGAAAAUGUAAAAAACCAAAGGUAUGAAUUUUUACUUUAUUUAACAAUUUAUUGUAUUUAAUUUAUCGUCAUAAUUAGUUGUAAGAAGUAUGCAAUAAUAAACAUAUCUGUCGUAUACAUCAAAGAGCUCGAUAUUUUAGAAUUAAUUUAUUUAUGCACUGUAAAAAAUUUUUAGUAUGAAAAUGGUCCUUGAGGACUUUACAUCGUAUCCUUGGUGUGGAAUUUUUUUGGUGUGAACCAUCAAGGGGUGUAGUUUUUACAUGGUGUGAGUACUUUUAACACAAGUAUUUAACAUUUACACCGUUGGUGGUGUGAUCGUUCUAAUUCACACGGCCAAAAUUUCAAAUUGUAAGUCGUGGAACUUCCACACCGGCGGUGUUGAAAAUUUUCUCAGAAUUUUUUACAGUGGGAUCAUAUAUUUUUCCAAUUCAUUUUAAACGAGACUUCAAUUUCAUUCAGAUGCCUAAGUCAUUUUAAAAAACUUUUUAAUUUACCGAUGCUUGUACAUAACUUUACUUUAUUAUAAGCAAAAAAGAUAUAAAGAUAAUAAUUAAGAGUUUUUCUAGUUGAUGCUCUGUUUUCAAAUAGGACAUGUUUAAAUAUUAUAUACCCACAAUGUUGACUGUGUACUGUAAAAAUAGAGCGUUAUAUAAAUAUAAAUAUUUACUGAAUGGUUUGAAAAAGUUUAACGAUAAAAUCUAUGUAAAUUUAUAUAGUUUUCAGAACAAAUUAAUUAUGAAUGAUACUUUAAAGAAUGUAAUUUAAUUUUUUAAAAGUAUAAACUGUACUAUUGUUUUUUGUUUUGAUAUUUAAUAAAAUAUCAAGGAGACUAAUUCUAAACCAACACUAAUGCAAAACUGAAAAAAGAAAGUCCAGAAAAUGUAAAAAUUUGAAUAAUUUUCAUUUAGUCGAUAAAACUCAUAUACUGUUGAAAAAUGUUUUUUCAUUUCAAUUCGAAGUAAAGAGGUAAUGCAAAGUUUAGUUACAAAAUGAAGUGAAGUAUUUUACUGUGUUGCUGUAAAAAGCCACAAAUUACAAUAAAUAAUCGCACUUUGCUGUAUUCUACCGUAAUUUGCCGCAAAUUACCGUAAAAUGCGGUGUUUUGCAAGAAAAUACCGUAAAUUACCGUUAUUCGGAUCUGCUAUGGACGACACUAAAAAUGCUAUGGACAAAAUGAAUUUGUUUCUUUAAAAAAAUUGAGUCAGUAGCAGUAUUUGAAACUACUGAUAUAAUAGUUAUGACUUCAAUUUUUAUAACGUUAAAAAGUUUUUGGAUUCUUUAUCCUCUUUUUCUACUAACAUUUUAUUUUUCCGUACUUAUUAUUGUUGAGGUUUUAGUCUCUAAAUGUAUCUAAUUGUGUGGCGAAUAAUGCCAAUUCGUUAGGAUCGUUGACAAAAGGUCAAUCAUAAAUAUAUACGAUGUGUUGAAAACUGUAAGUUGUGAUGUUGAUUAUCAGCUUUAUAUUAUUGAUGUUGAUAAAGAAGUCUUCGUUAAUUUUAAAAACAAGUAUUCUUAAAAGUUUAUAUUUAAAUGACUUGCAUUAAAUGAAAAUGAAAUUUUCUAAGUGACAACAAUUUAUAAAUCAAAAAAUUUUAAUCAAAGAUAAUCUAUAAAGAUAUGUGAAAAUAUUUACUAAA